GGUGUACUAGUCCAACGCUCAUAUUUUCGCAUCUUUCGAUACUCACUAAAUUUCUUUGUCCGCCAUUGCGCUAUCAAGUGCACUUCUACCUUUGUUAGCUCUAUGAUUGUUUGCAUGUGUUGUAUGUGUUGUAUGUGUUGUAUGUGUUGUUGUAUGUAUGUGUUGUAUGUAUUGUAUGUGUUGUUGUAUGUAUGUCUUGUUUGGAUUAACUUUGUUGUCUCAUACUGUUAACCCUUUGCACUGGUUGACUUCGUUUCUUUUUCCCUUAGCGUUUUUUUGUUCCCUUCUAAAAAGGCUCAUACCAUACCCUAAAAUUGAUUUCAAGUUCCCACAUUGUACUUGUGCCCUUUGUUAUACAUGUUGUUGUAAAUUCCCGGAGUCAAUCUUAUUCUGAACAUGCUUUUAAAUUUCAAUAACUACGACUUAAACAAACGAUUUCCU